AGUUCUGUUAUUUAAACUUCAUAUAACAUUAUUGUCUGUGAAAGAGGUCUGCUUGUUAUUUUUGCUUGCUUUCUGUGAAUUGUAUCUCAUAGACGAUUAACUUCUGUUUAUUGAACUUCAUAAAACAUUAUUGUUUGUAAAAGAGGUUUGCUUGUUAUUUUAAUACUAUUUUCCCUUACAGGUAUGGCAAUUGUGGAGUGAUGGUGCUAGCAUUUCUAGAGUAUUUUUUGCUAGCCUUAAUAUGAUGGAGAAGUAGUUCCAACUUUUAAGAUUGACUUCUACGAUGUCUUUGUUGAUCCCUGUUAGUGCUCAUUUUGGAGCUCAAUACUCAGUUUGUUCUGACAUCCGUGAAGCCAUCAAUAACAUUGAGAAGAAAUUGAGUCCUAGUCAAAUGGAAGAAUUUCGCAGGACUCCAAUUGGUUGGCUUACCAUUAAGAAAAGGACUGCAGUUCUGAACACAUGGCUGAUUUCUGAUGUCAAUUUGCAGCUAGAUUAUGGCGUGGAAGGAAAACAACCAAUAUUUAGCUUUUUUACUUUACAAUUUUAGGGGUCUUUAAUUUUUGUGAAACUCUUUGUAAUGGUUUUUGUGCAUUGUAAUGUAUUUUUUGGGGAAACACUUUAGAUUUUUUUGCAAGCUUUGUAAUGAGGGCUUUUAUCAUCAUGAAUUUCUACUUGUUAAUGCACAAUAUGUUAAUGUGUGUGAUGUCUGAUUUACAUUAGUUUAUGACUGAAUUACAGGUUUACUUUCAGAGACCUCACAGAGAAUAACUGUCUAUUUUCCCC